AUGGUUUAUAUUCUUAUUAACGGCAGACGUUUAUCUUAAUAACGAAUUACGUCUGCCUCCGUAGUGGCAAUGGUAUGGGGUGUCGCCGUGACCUAAGUAAACAAAGCUAGCGUACCCUUACUGUAUUUAAAAAAACCGUUGUAAUGUUUAGUUCAGUGUUAAUACCUUGGUCGUAUCGGGUCGUUUGUCGCAGUAAUACUUUCCAGAGUUGAUGUCACCACUUGUUUACGUGUACUAGUAUUUUAAUUUAUGCAACUUCUUUUUGCGUCGACAUUGUUUACUGAUCUGCUCACGAGGAUGUUCGAGUAAAGUAAAUAUGUACCCCUAGUUUAUACAACAACAACAACAUCAACAACAAUAACUUUAUACUUACCGGACUCCAACGAUGACUCCGAGGAUGUGUCCCUGUUUGACGCGGAGGAUGAUACAACGAGAAAGUCCAAGAAAUCAAACAUCAGGCACCCACUGGCCUCUUUCUUCCACCUGUUUUUCCGAGUCAGUGCGAUCCUCGUGUAUCUCCUGUGUGAGAUCCUGAGCAGCAGUUUCAUAGCCUGCAUGGUCACCAUUAUUCUGCUGCUCUCCUGUGACUUUUGGACUGUAAAGAACAUUACCGGCAGGCUGCUGGUGGGGCUGCGCUGGUGGAACCAGGUUGAUGACGAUGGGAGGAGUCACUGGAUCUUUGAGGCCAGGAAGCCUUCAACUCGGGGGAAUACAGCCUCUUCAGACUCUGAGUCUCGUAUCUUCUGGCUGGGCCUGGUGAUCUGCCCCUUUAUCUGGGUCAUCUUCAUCUUCAGCACGCUUUUGUCAUUCAAAAUUAAAUGGCUGGCAGUGGUGAUCAUGGGGGUUGUGUUACAGUGUGCCAACUUGUACGGAUACGUCAAAUGUAAAGUGGGAAACAAAAGCAAUUUGAAAAGCAUGGCUACCAAUUACUUUGGACGACAGUUCUUCCGACAGGCAGCUAAGGAAGAAGGAUCCUAAAGCCCUGAAAAACACAACUAUGAUGCCACUGUAAUAUAGAGAUAUCUCAUUACAAUAUUUUCUUAAAAGAUUAACUUUAAACCAUAGUAUUUGUAAACAGAUGCUGUAGCAGGGUGGGGUUGGAGGGAGGGGAGAUGAAAUGAUCAUUAUGACGUGACUGGCAGUUUCCUGGUAUAUCUAAAUAUAAUUUGAAAUAUAUCCACUGGGGGGUGUGGGGGUUGCAAUCAGAGUUGGUGAAAUUUUGUUUAAGCGUUCAUUUCAUAAUGCAGAUCACAUACAUAAUGACGUUGCAUAUUUCUUUGAUUGUAUUAAAGGGUUUGGGGUGGGGUUAGUUACAUUUGUAAAUAUUGUUUAUAAAUAAUAAUAAAAAAUAGUAACUGGU